AACAGCAAGAUGCUCAUUACAUUUUUUGUCUUUUUCAAUGUCAUUCUAGUUUCAGGUUCUUCUCUGAAUGACCAGGUCGACCAGACUCCACAGAACAUAUACUGCGAAAAGGGAACCAAAGCUAAAAUCCAGUGUUCCCAUCAGAUCACCAACUACAACCAAAUCUUCUGGUACAAACAGCUGGAUGAUGGACAGCUGCAGUUGCUAGGUUACAUGCUGGCCACUUCUGCAAAUAUAGAGCCUGGUGCCAAAAUACUAAUCACCGGAGACGCAAACAAGGGCAAGACGUCCACUUUAACCUUAGAAGAGCCGAGCAGUGCGAUGUACUACUGCGCAGCUUCUCUCACAGUUACAGUGGGGCGACAGUGGCUCAGUGAUGUAUCAGCAGCUGCUAAAUUCCAGCAGUCUCCCUGGAUAAUAUCAAACCAAAGUGCUCGAGUGUCCAUAGAGUGCAGCCAUGAUGACAGUUCCCUCCUUGUUAUGCUCUGGUAUCAGCACCGGCCGGAAACUCAGUCUAUGAUGUUGAUUGGAUACAAUUAUGUGGGAACUGACAACUAUGAGAAUGAACUUGGAAAGCAGUUUAAGAUGGAGAGACUCAACGUGCUGACUGGCUCUCUCACAGUGCUCAGUGCAAGCCCCUCGCACUCGGCUGUGUACUUCUGUGCAGCAAAUGCAGAGGCUAUAACAUUUGACCCAUCUCACCCCAGGAUAGUUAAUGACGCCAGUGAAGUAGAGAUCAAUUGCCACCAUGAUAACAGAGAUAUGAACAUAAUGCUUUGGUACAAACAGCUGCAGGAUGGACAGAUGAAGUUAAUCGCAUACAGCUACAUUGGCAGUGACCCUAACUUUGAGAAAGACUUUAAUGAAAGGUUUACGAUGAGGAGAACAGACAUUCAGACAGGAGCUCUGAUCAUCUCCAACGUGGAUCCCAGUGACUCAGCGACGUAUUUCUGUGCUGCCCAUGUCUGCCUUGCUGUGAAUAUCCAACAACCUGUACGUAUGCAGCACAUACUUGGAGAAACUGCAUCUUUUCUUUGUACUCACGAUCAAAAUGACCAUGAUUACAUGUACUGGUACAAACACAGCAUUUCAGAGAGUAACAUGCAAUCGGUGGCGUAUUCUUUUGGUGAACAUACAGCCACUAUUGAGAUUUUGAUCUGCACCUACAGCACUGUGACCAACACUCAACCUGCCUACUUUGGACCAGGCACCAGGCUCACUGUUCGAGAACCAAACAUUGGCGUUACCAAUCCAAAAGUUAAACUCUUCAAACCAUCAGAAAAUGAGGGUCCCAAAACCAAGACCCUGGUUUGCGUGGCCAGUGACUUCUACCCGGACCAUGUCAUUGUUACCUGGUUCAUUAACGGAAACAAGUCUGAAAAUGGGAUAGCUACGGACAGCGCCCCCCAGAAAAAAGGCAAUUACUACAGGAUCACCAGCCGGCUCAUGAUCCCCAAGGAAAAGUGGUACAACCCGGAAAACACCUUCAAAUGUAAUGUGCAGCAUUUCAAUGCCGUUAGCAGCACUGAUCACUUUAUUGAAAUAAACGGCAUUAAAGGGAACAAUAGCCUCUCACGGGAAAAAUACAUGAAGACCACACAAGCUGCCAAACUGUCGUACACUGUUCUGAUCCUCAAAGGUCUCGUCUAUGGAGUGUUUGUGGGGGCUCUGGUCUGGAAGCUUCAGGGAAGAAUUGGAAAAGAGUGA